GGAGAGUGCGGGGAGUGCGGUCCCGGCUACGCCUCCCCCCUGGAUGCCAUGAAAGGCCCUCGGGAGGAGAUCAUCUACGUGCCCUGCAUCUACAGGAACACGGGACGGGGCCGACCCGACUUCCUGGCCACUGUGGACGUGGAUCCCAAAUCCCCCACCUACAGCCAGGUGAUCCACCGGCUGCCCAUGCCCAACGUGGGGGAUGAGCUGCACCACUCGGGCUGGAACGUUUGCAGCAGCUGCUUCGGGGACCGGGGCAAGAGGAGGAACCGCCUGGUGCUGCCCUCCCUCAUCUCCUCCAGGAUCUACGUGGUGGACACGGGCACAGACCCCCGGGCACCCCGGCUCUUCAAGGUGGUGAACCCCGAGGAAGUGUUCUGGAAGUGUGGCCUGGGGUACCCCCACACCUCCCACUGCCUGGGCAGCGGCGAGAUCAUGAUCAGCACCCUGGGGGACCCCGCUGGCAACGGGAAAGGUGGGUUCAUCCUGCUGGACGCGGAGACCUUCGAGGUCAAGGGGAACUGGGAGAGGGGGGACGAGACCCCCCCCAUGGGCUACGACUUCUGGUACCAGCCCCGGCACAACGUCCUCAUCAGCACCGAGUGGGGGGUCCCCAAGUGCCUGGGCUACGGCUUCGACCCCCGGGACCUCAAAAAGGGGCGUUACGGGCGCCGGCUGAACGUGUGGGACUGGAGUUCCCACCGCUACGUCCAGGCCAUCGACGUGGGCGAGGACUCGGCGCCGCUGGAGAUCCGGUUCCUGCACGACCCCGACGCCGCCGAGGGCUUCGUGGGCUGCACCCUGAGCAGUGCCAUCCACCGCUUCUACAAGACACAGGAGGGACGUUGGGCGGCCGAGAAGGUGAUCCAGGUGCCCCCCAAGAAGGUGGAGGGGUGGCUGCUCCCGGAGAUGCCAGGGUUCAUCACGGACAUCCUGAUCUCGCUGGACGACAGGUUCCUGUUCCUCAGCAACUGGAUCCACGGGGACGUGCGGAUGUACGACGUGGCCGACACCCGCCGGCCCCGGCUCGUGGGGCAGGUGUUUUUGGGGGGCAGCAUCACCCGGGGGGGGCCGGUGAAGGUCUGUGAGGACGAGGAGCUGCAGAGCCAACCCGAGCCCUUCGUCAUCCAGGGCAAGCAGAUCCCGGGGGGGCCUCAGAUGCUGCAGCUGAGCCUGGACGGGAAGCGGCUCUACGUGACCACGUCCCUGUACAGCGCCUGGGACCGCCAGUUCUACCCCGACCUCAUCACGGAGGGGGCCGUGAUGCUCCAGCUGGACGUGGACACGGAGCGGGGGGGGCUCAGCGUCAACCGGGAAUUCCUGGUGGAUUUCGGGAAGGAACCCGGCGGGCCCUGCCUGGCCCACGAGAUGCGGUACCCGGGGGGGGACUGCACCUCCGACAUCUGGGUGUGA